AUGAAUGAAGAUAGACUUCCUAACACAACCGAUUUGGCAUACAAAAGGGUUUCUAUACAUAAUAUAGAAGUGGGAUCCUAUGUUUUGGUUAGAGCUGGUGAGAUAAUUAUCUUGAUUCUACCACAGGUAUCAUUGAAGAGGGACGUACUGGAUAUCAGGGAGCAGGAUUAUUACGAGUCAUUGUACAAUGAGAGUCAGGCACAGUUUAACACAUAUGUUGAAGCAGGAACAAUUAUGCAUAACUAUGGUCACAUUUUUGACCUUCUCACACGUUUGCGUCAUGCAGUUGACCAUCCUUACCUUGUGGUAUAUUCUGCAACUUCAGCAAUGAGAAACACAAACAAGGUGGAAAUUGAUAAUGAAGAGCGCAUAUGUGGCAUUUGUCAUGAGCCAGCAGAAAAUCAUGUGGUUACCUCUUGUGAACAUGCUUUUUGCAAAGCUUGUUUGAUUGAUUAUGCUGCUUCCUUAGGACAAGUCUCAUGCCCUUCUUGCUCGACACCGCUUACUGUUGAUUUGACAGCAAUUGCAGAUAAUGGGAAUCAGACCAGUAUAAUAUAG